GAAAAAAAAGAUAGAGAUAGAGAGAGAAAGAGAGAAGCAGCAGCAAGCAAGGCAAGAAGAAGAGAGAGAAAGAGUGAUAGAGGAGAGAGAGACGCAAUCGCUAGCGAUAGGAAUUAAACAAACAAAAGCGGCCUUGGAAAAAAGAGGAAGGAAGAAAGAAGGAGAGAGAAAGGAGGCAACUUGGCCAAGAGGGGGGAGUAGUAGAGAGGAGGAGGAGGAGAAGCCAAGAAGCGGACGGCACCAGCCAUGCCGCGGUCGCCGUCGCCGCCGCCUGACAGGCACCACCACCACCACCACCCGGCGCGCCGGAGGGGGCCCGCCGGGGCGGCGGCGCCGCCGCCGCGGUCGCUGCGGCCGAGGAGGGCGGCGGCGCCGUCGUCGAGGCCGCUGGUGGACGACUUCUUCCCGUUCCCUUCCUCGCCGUCGUCGUCGCCGUCGAGGCCGCCGCCGCCGCAGCAGCAGCAGCAGCGGAGGCCGUCGCCGGAGCCGUCGAGCUCCGACUCGGACGGCCAUGGCGGCGGCGGCGGGGGUGGGGGUGGGGGCUCCUCGGCCUCUGACCGACGGCGGCGGAAGCUCAAGCUCGUCGUGAAGCUCUCACAGCUCGCCCCCGACCAGAACCACCACCGGCGGGGCCCGCCUCCCCCCUCGUACUCGGACUCCUCCGGCGGCGAGCAGGAGCAGGAGGAGGAGGAGGAGGCCGGCGGCAACGGCGGCGACGACGUCAGCGGCGGCGAGGAGCGGGUCAAGCCGCCCAAGAAGCGCCGGAUCGAGCCGCGCGGCGACAGAUCUCGCCAUCGGGAGGUUGGUGGGAGGAGCGACGCCGCCAGCGCGCCGAGGACGAAGCGCCUCCCGGUGCCAGGGAUGGCGAGGACGACGCCGCUGCCUGACCGGAAGGCGCUGGACAUGAUUCUCGACAAGCUGCAGAAGAAGGAUACUUACGGAGUGUUCGCGGAGCCCGUCGAUCCGGAGGAGUUGCCUGACUACCAUGAUGUGAUUGAGCACCCAAUGGACUUUGGCACCGUCAGGAGGAAGCUUGCCAGGAAUGCAUAUCGCUCGUUCGAGCAAUUUGAGGAUGAUGUAUUCUUAAUUUGCAGUAAUGCGAUGCAGUACAAUGCACCUGAUACAAUCUACUUCAGACAGGCCCAUUCCAUACAUGAAUUGGCAAGAAAAAAGUUUCAGGAACUGAGAGAUGAAGGCAUUCCCACUGAAAACCUAAUAAAGAGUGAACAGAAAAUUAGACCACACCCUAGCAAUAGAGAACCAAUUAAGAAGCCUGUUUUGAGGUAUUCAGAUGAUGAUCUAGGCUUCAUGUCCCACAAAGAGCAAGUUAGUAGACCAAAUUCCAAAGACUUAGAGGAUGAUCGAAAGUUCAAAGAUCAAGUUAAGAAGACAAUUUCAAGGAAUUCUGAGGAUGUCUUAAGUUCCUCUUUCCAGAAAGAACGAGUUAAGAAAUCCAGUGUCAGGAAUUCAGACGAUGAUUUAAGUUCCUCCUUCCAAAAAGAACAAGUUAAGAGGCCCAUUUCCAGAAACUCAGGGGAUGAUAUAAGCUCUUCAUUCCACAAGGAGCAAGGAAGGAAAGUCAUCUCCAGAAAUUCAGAAAAUGAUAGAGUUGCAUCUUUCCACAAACAGCAUGACAAGAGACCCACUUCCCGGAGUUCAAAAGAUGAAUUGCCAUCGCAGAAAAAACACAUAAGAAAGCCUGUUUGCACGAAUGGUGAAGAACCAGAUUUCUCAUCACACCGAGAUUCAGUAGAGAAUCCAGUUUGCACAAAUGGAGAACAUGUAGGCGUCUUGUCCCCGAAAAGGCUAGUUGAGAAGCCCAUUUGCCGAAAUAGAGAUGACCUAGGUCACUCCCACAAAAAAGGGUUGAAUAAUAAGUCUAUUUGUGGAGAUGGACAGGAUGAUAUGGGUUACUCCUGCAAUGGAGAGACUGUUAAGAAGCCAGUGCGUAUGAAUAGCCAAGAUGCUUUGGGUUCAGAUGUUUCUGCUGCAACCAUUGCUUCUGCAGGAGAUGAUUCUAAUGGUUUAAGCAUGUCGCAGGCAAAUGCUGUUGAGCCCCAAGAUUGUAUUGCAGCCAACGGGUUUAUGGACAAAGAUAUCAGUUCCCCACUUGAUGAAAUAAGAUCUGAGAAGCCAGAUGAUAUUUCAGCUAGGGAAAGUUCAGUGAAGCCAAGCUACAAGUCAAUUGUAGUAGAUGAGACACGACGCAAAACAUAUGAUACAUAUGAAGAACAGCCUUCAUCGGAAUCUGACACAAUUUUCGACGUAUUCUGUGAGGAGCCAAAAGAGCUUGUUAAUGUUGGACCUCAUUCUGAGCACUCAUAUGCAAGAAGUCUUGCUCGUUUUGCUGGCUCACUUGGUACUCAAGGCUGGAGACUUGCUUCUGAACGCAUUCAACGGGUAUUACCCACUGAUGUAAAGUUUGGACGUGGUUGGGUUGGAGAAUACGAGCCACCAUUACCACCUAUUCUGUUUGUGCAAAACCAACCGAGAAGUCUGGUUAGCUCAGAGGCUAAUGUACAAAGGAGUGCUUCAAUGACUAGGAAUAAUGAAAGGAUCAGACCAACAGAAAGUGUCAAUCCAAAGGAUAUGAGUUUGAGUCUACUUAAUCGAAUAACCACUGGUAAUAAUGUGGUUGGAGUUCCUGGCCCUCUUGAAAGUCCAGAAAUUAAGCCAAGAUUAUUCGGUGUUACAGCUGAGCCCCAGCAGAGGAGCACUGAAGCACCAUCUCUGCAUGAAAAUCAUCGGGCGCCUGGAAGUGUUGCAAAGACCAAAAGGGCACCCAGUGAACAAACAAGGAAAGGGAGCUCGUCCUCCAGUUCUCGCCCUCUUCAAAAGCAACCACAGAGGCCUGAAAUUUCAAAAGGAGCUUCCAAUGUGCUUGAUAUGCCUUCUUUGAACAAAAUGACUGGCCAGCCCAGACCCUUCUUCCAACCAGCAGAAGCAGCUAUAACUCAGCAAAUGAGAAAAAGCGAGACACCUAAAAGUUCUCAUCCACUUGAAAUGGCACACCAGAGGCUUGAGUGUGCAAAAGGUGCUUCUGGUGUUCAUGAUAUGCCUUCCUUAAACAAUACAAGUGGGCAGCCUAAACCCUUCUUCCAGUCGCAAGAAGCAGCUGUUCCACAACCCAGAAAUGAAAAUACAUGGGUAUACCAUGGACGACCUGGUGAUGGGAAGUAUGGGACAACCGACAAAAGCAGACCAAUGAGCAGCAUGGGUUUUAUCACUAAAAAUCAACAAGUAAAUGCGGCCAGCUUUGCAAUGAAUUUGAACGGGCAAAAGAAUGUCAAUGACAAUGUAAAAUCAGUGGGAUCAACUGUAAUGCCUGUGCAGGUAAAUACAACAAACAGAGGGCCUGAUUCUUCCCGGAAUAUUUUCUCAGCAUUUCCACCAGCUGUCAGGGAGAAUCAGAGCAUUCCAUCUGCUCCAGUGGCUCAAUCUUGGAUCUCAUUUGGUGCUUCGUCAGAGAGCAAACCAACCAUUGUCAGUCCAACUUUCCAUGAUAGUAAUUCUGGCUGGAAGAUGCCAUUUGCAAAUGCCCGUCCUGAUGAAGCAAAGAUGACUGCUGUUCCACAGUUCUUUAGGCAACCCGUUCAGAUGGUUAGAGAAAGUCCAGGGCAAAACAAGGGUUUGGUAAUAUUCCCCCAGUUGGUCCAGACAGACUUCUCAAGAUCACAGGGCCAACCACAAUGGCAAGGCCUGGUUCCCCCGAUGCAACAGAAACCAAACAAGGAUAUGCUUCGCCCAGACUUGAACAUCGGGUUCCCUUCUCCUGGUUCACCACCAGCUCGACAGUCUUCGGGCAUCAAUUUGGAAGCACAACAGCCAGACCUUGCUUUGCAGUUGUAAGCUUGGAACGGAUAAUGAAUACAUGUGACCACAGAUUGAACGGCAGACUUGAACUUGAACAAUUAAAGACAAAUGGAAGUUAGGCGCAAAGCGCAAACAGCAGAUUGGGACAUCCAUUAGAUGGAUCGACAGCAAUGGAGCGAUGACGAUUCAUGGUAGACCAUCGUACAUUGUUUGUGACUCAUCCUCCAUGUGCAAAGAUAUGAGAAAAUGGAUGGAUGAACACCUGCUUAGGAUGACAUCAUUAUAUAUGCUUGGGCAUUUUGUUCAUUACCGGAGUUCAGAAUCCAGCAUUUUGAGUAAAUGCUGUGGUGGCAUGCUUCUUGGUAGAGCAUGCUCAUGAUCCAAAAUACUUAGCGCACCCGCCUGACCACACUAUAGCUUUCCACGGUGGAAAUUUUUGCACCAGAACUUAGGAUAUAUCGUUCUUUCGGUAGACUAGAAGACUACGUGGUCGCCCCUAUGUAAUGCCCCUUGUCACAUUGUAUGUUUGUUGUAAAUGGUUCAGCAUUGAAUAGAUUGUUAGACUAGAUCUUCUUUUCUGAAUGAAAUUGCUUCCCACUUUCAUAUUCUGUGCCAGGAACUGUGUUACUUGAUCCAUUCAGUUCAAAUGACAUGCUGAAUGCGAACUGUUAAUAA